CGUCUUCUCAUCUCCAUCUUCUCCUCCGCCGUGUUUAACCGUCGAUCGCUUCUUCGAACGUUUGUUCAAUUUGAUCCAACGAAUAUGCCUAACGAUCGUUUGCCCCGUAUUGCUAUUGUCAACCCGGACCGCUGCAAGCCGAAGAAGUGCCGGCAGGAAUGUAAGAGGAGCUGUCCGGUUGUUCGAUCUGGUAAAUUUUGCAUUGAGGUCACUCCUGCUUCCAAGAUUGCAUUCAUAUCAGAGGAACUCUGUAUUGGCUGUGGAAUAUGUAUCAAGAAAUGCCCUUUUGGUGCUAUCGACAUUAUUAAUUUGCCAAAAGAUUUGGAUAAAGACACAACUCACCGCUAUGGCGCAAAUACCUUCAAGCUACACAGGUUACCUGUGCCACGCCCCGGACAAGUUCUUGGUUUAGUCGGGAAGAAUGGAAUAGGAAAAUCUACAGCACUUAAGAUAUUAUCAGGAAAUCUGAAGCCAAACUUUGGCCGCCUUGAUAAUCCUCCCGAUUGGCAGGAAAUUGUGUCUCGCUUUAGGGGAUCUGAGCUGCAGAAUUACUUCAUUCGCUUCCUUGAGGACAAUCUGAAGGCAAUUAUCAAACCCCAAUAUGUCGAUGACAUUAGAAAAUCAGUGGAGGGAACUGUUGGGGAGUUGCUUGAUAAUAAAGAUGAGAAAGGAGUUAAAACAGAAAUAUGCCAUGAUCUUGAUCUCGACAUGCUUUUAGAGCGCAAUCUGAAAGAGUUGUCAGGUGGAGAGCUUCAGAGAUUUGCCAUAGCAGAGCGUUCUAUUCAGCGUGCAGAUGUGUACAUGUUCGAUGAACCUUCCAGUUAUCUAGAUGUGAAACAGAGGUUGAAAGCUGCACAAGUUAUCAGAUCACUUCUGUCGCCUAAAAGCUAUAUCAUUGUCGUUGAGCACGACCUCAGUAUCCUGGAUUAUCUGUCGGACUUCAUCUGCUGCUUGUAUGGGAAGGAAGGAGUAUAUGGAGUUGUUACACUUCCUUUCUCUGUUCGAGAAGGAAUCAAUGUCUUCUUAUCGGGUUUUAUUCCUACUGAGAAUCUACGAUUUCGGGAGGAAUCAUUUACUUUCAAGAUUACUGAGACUGCAGAAAGUGCAGAAGAAUGGGAGUCUUUUUCUCGCUAUCAGUACCCAACUAUGAGUAUAACAUUGGAUAGUUUCAAGCUCAAGGUAGAAGAAGGUGAAUUUGCAGAGUCACAGAUUAUUGUAAUGCUGGGUGAGAAUGGGACUGGGAAAUCCACAUUUAUCCGUAUGCUGGCUGGUAAAUUAAAACCUGAUUCUGUAGAGGGUUCCGAUGCCACAGUGCCCGAAUUCAAGGUCUCAUACAAGACGCAGAUGAUCCAUCGUAAGUUUCCAGGCACGGUUAGAGAGCUGCUACAUCGAAGAAUCCCCGAGUCCUACAUGGACCCACAAUUUAUUUCGGAUGUUUUAAAACCACUCACCAUUGAGCAGUUAAUGGAUCAGAAAGUUGCAGAUCUCUCUGGUGGAGAGUCGCAAAGAGUUGAAUUGUGCCUAUGUCUUGGGAAGGCUGCAGAUAUAUAUCUGAUAGAUGAGCCGAGUGCUUAUCUUGAUUCGGAGCAGCGUAUUAUGGCUUCGAAGGUUAUCAAAAGGUUUAUUUAUCAUUCAAAAAAGACUGCUUUCGUGGUGGAGCAUGACUUCAUAAUGGCGACAUAUCUGGCAGACAAAGUAAUUGUAUUUGAUGGACAAGCAUCUGUCGAUUGCAUAGCCAAUUCUCCACAAUCCUUACUAACUGGGAUGAACAAGUUCUUAUUGCAUCUGGACAUUACAUUUAGACGGGAUCCAACAAACUAUCGGCCACGUAUAAACAAGAUGGACUCCACAAAGGAUAAGGAACAAAAAUCUGCUGGGACGUUUUAUUAUCUAAGCUAAGGGCACCCCAACUCAAGACUCGUAUUUCUCUCAGUUGCUUGGGCUCAAACUUUGCAGCUACGCCUUCGCCCAUCGAGAAGGUGUUGUCUCGCAACUAUUUCACCGCGCUGGAGAAAGAAGAAAGGAUAGAACUUUGAUCUCAACAAAAGUUAAUACUUUGAGAGCAGGUAGUAGUUUGACUAAAGCAGGUGCUAUCCCUCCGGUCUAUAUGAUUGGCUUCACCCACAAACAUUUCCGUAAAAAGGUCAGUAAUUUAUAUAUUUCCGUGCAACGAUAAAUAUUGCAGAUCUUGAUAUGCAUCAUUUUAUUACAGUAGUUGUAUAUAUUUAUGUGUAAUAGUUGUUGUAUUUGCCUUGGUUAUCAGCUGCUGCCGCUUUCAUAUGAAGUCCAUGUGCUGCUGUCUCAUGAUAAAUCCACAAUAAGUGGUGAAGCUGUCACUUAAAAACCUUCCCGUUUAUCGUUUCCUCGUUGGGUUUUAAACCUGUUUUCAACUACUGAGAACCUAUUUCAAGUUUGUUUUCUGUUGGUUAAUAAUUUGAUUCUUGGAAUCUUGCUUUCAGGAGGUUCUUUGCAACCUCAGUUUGUUACUCUUGAUGAUUUAGACCAUAUAUUUUUGUUGAAGAUUUUUGUCUUGUUUAAAAGAUGAUUUUGUUAUGCGUUUUUUGUUUCGUUUUUCGUAAAUUCAUGUUGAUUCGUCUG